AUGAAUUCCGAGGAUAAUCGAUUAAACGAGCUGAUUCCGAGCAGGAAAACAUCGACAAAUGGAAUAUCACCGGCGGCAAGCCAACAGCAAAUUGCCGAUACAAUUGCUCGUAUGCAAUAUGGUGUCGAGACAAGCUUCAAGUCAAGACUGCAGCAAUACUUCAUCGAGAAUCAAAAAUCAAGUCUGCGAAUUCGCCUCUUCAACGUCUUCAUUAAACUUCUAUCCUGCAUCAUCUACUGCGUUCGUGUGGUUAAUGAUUCACGCCAAUAUCCAAAGCCAUUCCCAUAUACCAACAAGGUGGAAGUUGAUGAGACCAUCACCAUUUACGAUUACUUGUUAUGGGUAGACUUCGAUCGUGAAACAUGGCUUAUUCAAACAAUUGUAGCCACAAUCAGUAUGGCUGAAACAGUUUUGAUUUUCUACUUGAGCUAUUCAGGUAGUGUGGUUCGUCUCUUGGUUAAUAUUCAUUUCCUUCUCGAAUUGGUCACAAGUUUCCCAUUCAUUUUAUCGAUUUUCAUACCAAGCCUUCGAAAUUUGUUCGUACCGGUAUUUUUGAAUUGCUGGCUCGCCAAAGGUGCACUUCAAGCAAUGAUGAACGAUCUCAAUCGAAGCUCAUUCAUUAGCUCAUCUGCAUUGUUUCGUCAACUUCUUCUAUUGUUCUCUGUUCUGAUUUGUCUCAUCUUCACUGGGAUGUGCAGUAUUGAGCAUUUGCAAAGAGCACGCGGAAAAAGAAUCGACUUGUUUUCAUCCUUUUACUUUGUCAUGGUGACCUUUUCAACAGUGGGAUAUGGAGAUUGGUAUCCUGAUUACUGGAUGUCGCAGCUGUGCGUGGUCAUAUUGAUCUGUGUCGCAUUGGGAUUGAUUCCAAAACAACUUGAAGAACUUGGUCAAACGUGGUCAGAGCGCCAGAAGUCUGGUACAGAUUUUGGCGGAUGGAGUGGAGGCGUUGAGGAGCAUGUUGUCGUGACAAUCACAUUCUUGGAAGUUGAGUUCAUUCGCGAUUUCUUGGAGGAAUUCUAUGCACAUCCAGAAAAUCAGCGUGUUCAAGUUGUUCUACUCUCACCAGCAGAGUUGGAUAAUCAAACACGAAUGCUUCUGAAGAUUCCACUAUGGAAUAAUCGUGUUCAUUAUGUUCGCGGUAGCUCUCUACGUGAUGAAGAUUUGGAAAGAGCUAAAGUUGCAAAUGCAAAAGCUUGUUUCGUUCUUUCCGCUCGGCAUGUGAAUCGCAAAGUCACAACCGAUGAGCACACAAUUCUGCGUUCAUGGGCAAUCAAGGAUUUUGCGCCCAACGUAAAACAAUACGUUCAAAUCUUCCGAGCUGAGACAAAAAUGCACAUUGAACACGCUGAAGUACUAAUAUGUGAAGACGAAUUCAAAUAUGCACUACUCGCAAAUAAUUGCAUUUGUCCCGGAAUUUCGACAUUUAUCACAUUGCUCAUGCACACUUCGCGUGGAGAGGAAGGACAAAAAUCGACAGAACCUUGGCACAAGGUUUAUGGCUUCCAUUCGGGCAAUGAAAUGUAUCAAAUUAAAGUGAUGGAUAGCAAAUUCUUUGGUGAUUUUGUCGACAAAUCUUUCAGUUAUACCAGUUUCCAUGCUCACAAAGCAUAUGGUAUUGGUUUGAUUGCGGUUAGUCCCGAUGGCGACACUUCUCAAAUGAAAAUGAAUCCUGGCUUGAAUCAUAUCAUCAAACCAAAUGAUAUUGUGUACUACAUGGGUCUGACGAACGAGGAAUCUUUGUUCGACUUCCGCAAAGAUUUGCGAAAUCAGCAAAGACGUGCAAAUGUUGCAUCAACAAUUGCAAAUAUCGGUUCCGUGGCAAUGGAUAUGCCAACUGUUGGCAAAACAGAGCUCAAUAAACGCAAGAAAAAGAAGAAGGAAAAGGCUGGCGAUGAGAUUAAUCUUAUUGAAGUUGGGGAUCAGGUGCAAUCAAGUAGGCGACCAUCAAUCGCAAUGGUGACGGAAGGAAAGCUUGAAAGUUCUUCGGAUUCUGACACAGAGGAAUAUUGCGAAAAGUGCAGAGGAGUGUGUAUACAACACAAACUUCAACGAUCUUACCCACAAGUUAGAACCUACAUUGGUACUUCAAAUACAGUAUGUCAUAUGAUGAAAGAGAAACGAAAUUUAUGUUGCUUGAAACUUGAUCAGAAAUGUGCGCACAAAUCUGCAACGGCAGCCCAUGAAUAUCAAUGGCGCAAUCGGCCAAUCAUUCUUGCUGCUGACAAAACUAGUAGUGGAAUGUACAAUCUAGUGAUUCCACUAAGAGCUUAUUAUCGUCCAGUGCAUGAUCUUCAUCCAAUUAUUCUUCUAUUGGAACUUUCUGAAGAAGAUUCGCUCAAUCCCGCUUUCCUUGAUGCUAUUGCAUAUUUCCCUGAUAUCUAUUGGAUGAAAGGAAAAAUCGGAAACCUUGAUUGUCUUUUACGCGCUGGAGUUAGUAACGCUGAGCACGUUGUCGUGGUUAAGGAAACUGCAGUGCUCGCUGAGGAGCAUUUCGCUGAUUGCAGCACAAUUAUCACUGUGCAGAAAAUUCAUAGAAUGUUCCCACGUCUUCGAAUGAUUACUGAACUUACACAUGCAACCAAUAUGAGAUUCGUGCAGUUUAAUCCCAACAACGCAUAUUCAUUAGCACAAUCAAGAUUCGAAAAGAAAGAGCGAAAACGCGGAUCGCAUAUGCCCUUUAUGUUCCGCUUACCUUUUGCCCAAGGUGGAGUAUUCAGUGCGAACAUGAUGGACAGAUUACUCUAUCAGGCUAUGAUCAAACCGUUUGUGGUCGAUUUGGUACGUCUCUUGUUAGGAAUUGAUCAAACAAGCGGUGGAGGAUAUUUGACAUCGUUUGUCAUCACGGAAGAAGACUUGUGGAUCAAGAACUAUGGUCGUUUGUAUCAAAAACUUUGCUCGUCUGUGGCAGAUAUCCCAAUCGGAAUUUUUAGAACUAAACGAAUGGACGCGAAAACGGUUUCCCUUGAUCUUAAAGAGCAAUGCAAGGAUUAUGAACUUUCGGAGAUGGAACGCAACAAAGAUAUGUACGAUCAUGUCAAAAAUCGAAUGAGAAUUUUGGGAAUCAAGGAAUCAAAUACACUUAUCGAGGGAGGUGACGACAUGGCAUACAUCUCGUACGUCAUUAUCAAUCCAGCUCCAGAUCUCGUUUUGGAAGCAAGAGACAUUGUGUACGUCAUUCGAAGUCCAAUUAGGAAGGAUGCAACAAAUAAGCGAAUUAACCCAAGGCGUGGAUUGAGACGAAGUAGAAAUGUUACCGAAACUAUGGAUGGUGCUCCAGGAAUUGUUCCAACUAUUGUAAUUGAUGAAAACGACAUGUAA